UCGUACCCGAAGAGGAGGACCGGGUCACCGUGUCGUUCACGUUGGAUCAACUAACUGGGAUCUCAGGUUGAGAAGUCCAGCACGUAAUAAUAUAAUUGCCGGCGGACAGGACUCAGGAGGAGGAGGAUGUAGUUUACGAGUGUCGGGCUGUCGAGCUUUGGCGGCAUGCUUUUCGGACAUUGGGCAGACCUUCGAGGCUUCGACCCUCCAGGGAGAUGGCUCCCGUUCUGCAGCGAGCUUGAACAGCGCCUAAGGACGUGUGUGUUUUGAGUACUUUUACCCUAUUGCCUCCUCUUCUGUUCAGGAGAGAGAGAGAGAGAGAGAGAGAGAGAGAGAGAGAGAGAGAGAGAGAGAGAGAGAGAGAGAGAGAGAGAGAGAGAGAGAGAGAGAUUUCCUCGCGGACGAAAGGAUGGUGUGUAAUGGGAGGACGUUGUGAUAACGACCAAGCGGGGGAGUCCGAAGAGAGUAUGAAAGGUUUUGUGAGAAAAGAUGGGCGGAAUCCGACGGAUUGUAGUAUUCUCGAGAAGCAGUCAACAGAGAUGGGGAGAGAGUUGGAGGUGCUAUGAAAAGGGAAAGGUAGGACUUCCAUGUGCUCUGGACAUGUGGAACUUCUCCACCGACUUGAGGGCGAAACCGAGUGCUAAGUCCACAGCUCAGCUCAAUUCCAUGUCCUUUCGCGAGACCCGAGGAGAGCAGACGUCGAACAGGAUGAGAACGAGCAGAAGGGUAGCGAUGAAGAUGCAGUGUACGACGAGAACGAGAGCCGGAACGACAGAGCGAGCACGACGACUGGCCAGCAUGUUGGCUAUGGCGAUGAUGAUCAGGUCGGCUGCAACUUUGACGGGAACAAAGCCAGUCAAAGCCGGACAUUCUUCCCGCAGGUCGGCGUUGGCAGCAGCAGAACUCAGGAACGGAUCAUUACCCAGUCCCCACCUUUCUCUUUCUCCUCCUCUUCCUCCUCCUUUUCCUUCUCCUCCUCCUCCAUCUGACGUACCUGCAGGAGGAGAGGUAGGUCCUGCUCGCAGUCCGACUUUUCUCAGGCCAGAGGUCAUGAGCCUUGCCGGUCAAGCCUCUAUUGUAGAUUGGGAUCCCGGCUGUCAGAUCGUGGAUCUGGAUCUGACGGAGGAUGGCGAGUCCUUGUUCUUCACCGUUAACAAGCGGAGCUCAGCAAGUCAACGCUCCUAUGUGAGAAUCGCACCGAUCUCCUCUCUAACGCCUACUGGUAGUUACGACUCAGGAGGAGGACAGGACAACCUGGACAAGUCAUCGGUUGAAAGCAGCUCGUCGGCUGCACCUGUCGCUUCUUCUUCUUCCUUGUCUUCACAGUCUUCUCUUUCCAUCUCUCUGCGCAGCGACUACACUCUCCCCGUCCCUUGGUCGUCUAUCGCCGGGAACCCCAACAACUUAUCUAGUGUAGGGAGCAUAGCAUUCUUCGCUCGAGGCACCGGCAUGUUCGUUUCAGACGCAGUGUGGCCUGGCCUUGUCAGGACAGCUACUCUGGACGAGAGCAGGUCUGUUCCAUUUGACAACGUGAUGGCACUGUUCCCUCUCUCCCUCAAAUUUGAUCCUACGGCUAGCAUCCUGUACAUAGGUACAACCAACGGCGUGCUGAAGACGUCAACAGAUACAGAGGGCAAUGCUGAAGCCGUAGGAAGGGUGGAUACCCUCUCAGGUCCGGACCCUUGGCCUUCGCUCAGCUACGGUCACACUUCGGAUAUUGACAUGAAAGGGUAUCGAGAGAGUGAAAGUGACCCCCGUUCUGCCCGGUUCAAUUGCCCCAUGUUCUUUCAAAACAGUUUGUCAGCAGACGGACAGCUGCUGUACGUUGCAGACAGAGAGAACCAUUGCAUCCGGGUCGUCAAUACCAGCUCGGGCGGCACCAGAUUGCUUGCUGGCUCUCCUCUCCAUCCUGGGUCAGGAGAUGGGAUCCCCUCCACCGCACUCUUCUCCAGACCCUUCGGGGUUGCCCUCACACCCACCGGCUGCGGCCUUUUCAUAACUGAGCAGGCAGACGGAGGCCGCCUGCGUCUCAUCACCUUCGAUCGGCCCAAUGGGACACCCACACGUGUAGAGACCAUCCUGAUAACCCAACAAGACUCAUCCAGCAUGGGAGGAAGCCCUGUAGGGUCCCCCUCCGGGGGCUACACUGCCUUAACCAUGAGUUCGAACGGCGAGUGGCUUUACAUGGGAUCUGAUUACGGGAAAAUCUACCGGCUGGCUGUCAAUGCAUCGUCGUCAGCUUUUGGCUGUGAUACUAACCCCUCCACUUCGUCCUCGCCCACAACUGCAAACGCAGCGCAGGGAGGUACAGACCGUACGCCCCGUGCUGCUGCUGGUGGGGAUGGAGAGCAAGGCAAACGAGCAGCCAUUGCAGAAGGGCAGGAGAGUAAUGCUGCAUCCAUGGCUUCUUCGGAUUCGAACGCAAACCUUGAAGGAACAGUGAACAACUCAACGGGGCACAGGACGGGCAAGCGGAAACCCAAGUUAUCAAAGACUGCUGCCCAGGCCUUAGGCUUGGUACUUGGCCUCGUUGGGGUCCUAGCACUCUCUGGACUAGUCUAUGCCUCUCUUUAUUGCCUGCAGUUCCCAAGCAAGUGCCAUAUGAGAGGCAUUCGCAAGUGUCUGGUCCCCAUACGGUCCAUACCCACUCUUCACAGGAGGCUUAUCCGAUCUCGAUCCAGCUUCAGCUCGACCAUCGAAUUCACUAACACCAUCGACGUGGAACGCCCUCUGGCAGCCCAGGGAAGUGGAAGCAGACGUGCAAGCGGAAGAGGAAGUGGAAGUGGUGGGGCUGGGAGUGGGAGUUCGGCUGUAGAGUCGACAGGUGGUAGCCCUGGACAAGCCACACGGUUCUCGUUUGCGUCGUUAGCGGCUGCGUGUGAUAAUUUCUCACCCAUCAACGUGAUUGGACGAGGAGCAGCAGGGGAGGUAUACAGGGGGUUGUUGGGAGAUGGUAAGGCGGUGGCCGUGAAGAUAGUGAAAGGGGCGAUUUCAGGGAGCAAACUCAGGCAAUUCCAUGCAGAAAUCAACGUGCUCAGCGCUCUCAACCACAGCAAUCUUCGCAACAUUAUCGGCUAUUGCACAGAGAGGAACAGGUGGAUUCUAGUCUAUCCAUACGUGGGAGGGGGGAGUCUGUACGACAGACUGCAUAGAUAUAGCGAGGAAAGGAUGGACGCGGAGAAAUGUGCAAACUUCAAGGACGACAGCGAGUCAAUGGAUGGAGAGGAGGAGAUCGAGAUAGAGAAGUUGGGUCACUUGGGGGUCCCGUUGGCAGGCGAAGAAGACGGACAAGGGCUAGGAGCGGGAGGGGGGAGAGCAGCAGGAAGAGGAGGAAAAGGAGGUGGCUUUGCAGGUCGAAGGGGAGGAAAAGGAGGAGGCAAAGCAGGAAUCCAUGGAGACUUUGGAGGGAGAGUAGGGGUUGGAGAACUUGGGGGAGGAGGAGGUCCAGAAGUAGAGGAAGGAGGAGGUCCUUAUGCUAAUGGACAUAGUCAGGUGUCCUUAGACUGGGAGAUGAGGCUACAGAUAGCUGUUCAAAUGGCUAGUGUUAUGCGAUACCUUCACCAUGAUGUGGACCCUCCAGUGCUGCACAGAGACGUGAAGAGUAGUAAUGUCCUGGUGGAGACGUGUGGGGGAGGGCGGAAGGUUCGCGCUUACCUGUCGGACUUCGGAUUGGCUAGAUUGGGUCAAAGCGCCUUUGACCUUGAGGCCGGCGAUGGAGCUUGCAGGAGCACUGUUGACACGCGUCAUGUGUGCGGAACCUUCGGCUAUAUGGCGCCUGAGUACGUAAUCACAGGGCGAUUAACGACAAAGAAUGACGUGUACGCGUUCGGGGUUGUCCUAUUGGAACUGGUCAGUGGGAAAAGAGCUUUCUUUGAACUAACUGCGGCAGAGCAGAAGGCAGAGGAAGAGGAGGAGGAGGAGGAGGAGGAACAAGGAGAGGGAGGGGGGGAGGAGGACAAGGAGUCAGAGAAGCCGCGCCCAACGGGCAAGGAGUACCCGAGUCUUAUCCCAAUGCUGAUCGAGGAGGACCCGGACCAUGGAGGAGGAGGAGGUAGGACGCUCGUGUCUUGGGUGAUGGACCAGGUUCGUCGACGAGGUAAGCAUUCUCUCAGCCCAAAAGUGAUGGACAUCAUCGUUGACAACAAGCUGAAGAAGGAGUGUACGUCCUGGAAUUCCAUCUAUGGCGUCAUGCGUGUCGCUCUGGAUUGCGUACACCGUGACGCAAAGCAGCGGCCAAGAAUGGACCACGUUCAUCAAAGGCUCUCGCGGAUUCUCGAGGACACUAACAAGUGGAACAGCUUUGCCAAGUCCAGAUCGAACCGUUCGGAUGUAGUCAAAGCAGCUGUGAAACCCGUCUAGAGAUUGAACAAUGAACAUGGUUUACAACU